CCUGGCCCCGUCUCUGGGCCCAGAGGCGCCAAGCAGUGGCAGCCGGACGUGGAGUGGACUCAGCAGUUUGCCGGGGCCGUCAUGUACCCCUCCAAGGAGACCGAGAACUGGGUGCCGCCGCCCUGGAACGACAGGGACCCUCCGGCUGGCAAGAAGGUCGCCAACCUGACACUUAACUUUGGGCCACAGCACCCGGCGGCGCAUGGAGUCCUACGCUUGGUCAUGGAGCUGAGUGGGGAGACAGUGAAGAAGUGUGACCCGCACAUUGGCCUGCUGCAUCGUGGGACAGAGAAGCUCAUUGAGUACAAGACCUAUCUCCAGGCAUUGCCAUAUUUUGACCGCCUGGACUAUGUGUCUAUGAUGUGCAAUGAGCAGGCCUAUUCCCUGGCUGUGGAGAAGCUGCUAAACAUCCGUCCGCCUGUGAGGGCUCAGUGGAUCCGAGUUCUCUUUGCAGAGAUCACACGUCUUCUGAACCACAUCAUGGCCAUCACGACCCAUGCCCUGGACAUCGGGGCCAUGACCCCCUUCUUCUGGAUGUUUGAGGAGCGAGAGAAGAUGUUUGAGUUUUAUGAGCGAGUGUCUGGGGCGCGAAUGCAUGCUGCCUACGUCCGGCCUGGAGGGGUGCACCAGGACAUGCCCCUGGGGCUAAUGGACGACAUUUAUGAGUUUAUACAGAACUUCUCCUUACGGAUUGAUGAGGUGGAAGAGUUGCUCACCAACAACCGGAUCUGGAAGAAUCGCACAGUCAACAUUGGUGUCAUAAGUGCAGAGGAUGCUCUCAACUGUGGCUUUAGUGGCGUGAUGCUUCGGGGCUCGGGGAUCAAGUGGGAUCUGCGCAAAACACAGCCCUACGACGUGUAUGACCAGGUGGAGUUUGACGUCCCAAUCGGGACAUUCGGCGACUGCUACGAUAGGUACCUGUGCCGGUUGGAGGAGAUGCGCCAGUCCUUGCGGAUCAUCCUUCAAUGUCUCAACAAGAUGCCGGAGGGGGAGAUCAAAGUGGAUGAUGCCAAGAUCUCUCCUCCCAAGCGAGCAGAGAUGAAGACCUCCAUGGAGUCACUGAUUCAUCACUUCAAGCUGUACACAGAGGGUUACCAGGUGCCCCCCGGAGCCACCUACACAGCCAUUGAGGCCCCUAAGGGUGAGUUUGGCGUGUACCUAGUUUCGGAUGGCAGCAGCCGGCCGUACCGCUGUAAGAUCAAGGCACCUGGAUUCGCCCACUUGGCUGCCCUGGAUAAGAUGUCGCAGGGUCACAUGCUGGCAGAUGUGGUGGCUAUCAUCGGCACGCAGGACAUUGUCUUUGGGGAAGUGGACAGAUGAGCUGCAGGAAGUCGCUGGAUCUGGACAGUGCCCUGUGCCUGCUGCACGUGCUGCGCUCCUCAGGGUGUCCUGUUAUAGUGUGUGCUGCCGUGUGUGUGUGUGUGUGUGGAGAGCUGCGCUAAUAAAGCUCCCAUCUCCACCUGC